UACUGUAAAGGCAUUACUUAAACAAAAUGGGGAGAAGGAAGUCUAAAAGGAAACCGCCUCCGAAGAGAAAGAAUAUUGAACCCCUUGAUCAACAAUUUAAUUGCCCAUUUUGCAACCAUGAAAAGUCGUGUGAAGUUAAAAUGGAUAAAGGAAGAAAUACAGCAAGAAUAACUUGUAGGGUGUGCUUGGAGGAUUUUCAGACAGGAAUUAAUUUUCUUUCAGAACCUAUUGAUGUUUACAACGAUUGGGUCGAUGCCUGCGAAACAGCAAAUUAAAUGGAAUUCAUUUUGAGUUAGUUAAAUUUCCUGAUGUAAGCUGAGAAAGUUCCAAACAGUCCUUAGCGAUAAAAUGUGAUCUUACGUCAAUAAAAAGAUGUGCAGCUCUCUUAUUUAAACGACUCGACCACACGUGACUUUCCAUAAGUCCGAAUGUAAUAACACACUUUUCAUGUGUACGGCCCACGCACUAUAAUUAUCAUCAUCUAAUUUGUCUAUCAUAUGUAUUGACGAACUCAUUUUGUCAAUCACAAAUAUUCACAAUGUCAAUAUCAACAAGAGA